AUGGCUCUUCAUCUCUCCCUCCUCCUCAUCCUCCUCUUCCUCAUCCUCUACAGAGUAUCAGCAGGUAUGUGUAACAUGUUUCUAUAAAGGGCUGAAGUCCAGUGGGUCAAUUCACUGUAAACACGGUGUAAUAAAUCUCAAUCAUUAACAAGCUGUUUUAUAGUGUAUAAGCAAUGGGAUUUUUAUUCUGCAGUGCAGAUUAUGUUGAAUUCCAACCUAAAUGUGUUUUGUGUUGAUGUGUCCACAGUGAGGUAUGUGUCUGUGCAGACAGGAGGCUCCAUCACCAUCCCAUGUCACUAUGAUCAGUAUUACAUAGAUCAUGUGAAAUACUGGUGUAAAGGGUAUGAUUGGAUUAGUUGCUCCACUCUAGUACGCAGUGACCAUCCUAAGAGCAGUGGUAAUGCCUCAAUCUCUGAUGACAUCAACCAGAGAGUCUUCACUGUGACCAUGACUGAUCUGGAGCCAGAGGACUCUAAGACUUACAGGUGUUUUGUGGAGAUCAAUGGAAGACCAGAUAUCAUGAUACAACGGUUCUACCUAUCUGUCACUCCAGGUAAGAUCCCUGCAACUCUUACAAUUCAGUAAAGUAGAAUAGGUAGUUCUCAGUAAUGAUGAGACAAUCAGAAAUAGCCUGCUUCCACAAACUAAAUGACUGGUGUUCUCAUUUCAUUUCCUGGUAACUGGUUCCUUGUCUGGUAACUUGUAUCACCAUUAUUGUUCAAGUUGACCUGAAGAAUGUAGGUAUAUGACUACUUUAUGUUCUCUAUAUGUAGAUUGUGGUGUAAACUUUGUUUAAACUCCGCUGUCUGUAUUCUGUCUCUCAAUGUUGUCUAUCACUAGCAGCACCAUAUCACCAAGUAACACUAUUUGUAAAUGUACUUGGCGAAAAAAGGUCAUACUGAUUCUAUCAAUUGAUAAUUUUAAUGAGGAUAUUUUGGAAGUAAAAAUACUUACUAGAAAUAAAGUUCUGCUGCUGAGUUCUUUCUUUGGUGUCUGUACCUCUGUGUUCAGGUACUCCAGAACUCUAUGUGGACCAACAGGAAGUGACUGGAGUUGAAGGAGGGAGUGUCACUGUCCGUUGUUACUAUAGUAACUCUGGAGAUAUAAAGUGGUGCAGGAUGCGUGGUGAUUGUGUGUCGUAUUCUGGGACUUUACAUGGAACAGUGACAUUAAAGGAUAUAAGUCUGGCCAACAACAGAACAGUCUUAACAGUGACUAUGAGUGGACUGAAGAUGGAGAACACUGACUGGUAUUGGUGUGAAGUGGGAGAACUAGAGAUGCCUGUUCACAUCACUGUCAGUCAACAUACUGCAACACAAAUCAUCACUGCUAUCAGUAAGUACAUUCUGUUUGGGUCACAAAAAUAGUUUAAUAUCCAUAGUUACUUCACAUCAAAAUUAUGUAACUUUCUUACAUUAGUAUCACAAUGAAAAUAUGUAUUUAUUCCAUGAUUUACUUCUUGACAUAGAUGAUAUUCAGUGAAAAUCUGCUACUGUUUUCAUAAUCCUUGACAGCAGAUUCACUUUGUUUCAUCGUCUGAAACAAAUUGGAAUAUUGACUAUGAAUGUGAUGUUGCUAUACAACCUGACUAUUUGGUAUACCAGUAAUUUCAUUAAUGGCAUUGUUGUUUUACCUCACAGCAAACCAAGCUGAGGGGAACAUGGAGGAAGUCCACCAGAGGUUAUUAUCACUCAUUCAGCUGUAUUAUCCCACAUAUUAUGGCAAUUGUUUGAUAAUAUGAACACAAAGAAACAUUACAAUUCCAUCAUACACUACAACAGUUAAAGCUAACCAAACUCCCUCCCUAAAUGCAUAUAGAGACUGUUAGCACUUCCUCUUGGUUGGAACAUUUCUUUGGAGAAGUAGCAGCAAUUUUUGUGUUAUUCUCACUCAUUUGCAAGGACAAGUUGCACUCUUAAAAAAACAACGUUAUUUGUAUAGUAAUUAUCUCAAUAAUAAUAAUGUAAACUUCCACACAUGUGAAUAGCUAAAUAAUUGUUCCAUUUAUCACAACAGUGUAAACAACAAGUUAUUACUUUUUCACAAAUGAUCAAUUUAUAAUGAUCUAUUUUAAUUGUGUUUUUGAUUCAAGUUCUUCUAUGUAAUCCAUCAGGUCCAUAGAUGUGAAAGUCCUACUGAUUCCUUGGGGCAUGUUGGUGGUGGUGACAGCUGGUAUCCUAGUCACAUGGAAGAUGUGGACAAAGCAUAGUAAGUAGUCAUUUUAUGUGAAUAUAAAAAAGGAGAAUAGUUAAGAAAAAUACCAAAUGUGUUGACAUUGUGACCAACAGUAUAUUGCUUAACUGUUAUUGAUCUUGAAUGGCAAAAAGUAUUUGGAGGAAUUGUCUAUAAGAAAUCUAUUCAGAGGUAUUAUUGUACUAUAACAAACUCAGAAGUAAUUGACAUCUCCCUCUUUAUUCCAGAGGACAAUAAGGCCAAGGACCAGACAACUAACAACUCAGUG